GUGUAUCGUCGAAAAACGAGCCCAUUUUGGAGCGAGGAUUAUUAGGUGUAAUUAUGCGCAAUGAAACUAUCGCGAUUCCAAAAAUCGAAAUUAACAAUUUUCGACAUCAAGCUGCUGAUUUUACAAUGCCUUUAUGGAUGAAUAGCCAUCGAUUAUAUAUUCAAAAUGAAAUAGUACACGACAGCACAUGGAUGGCAAGAGUGUUCUCCUGGAAAAUAUGGUGCUGUAUAUUGGUUAUGUGUCUGUUAUUAAGCGUAUGCAGUUUUUGGUCACAAAUUAUUCUCGCACGGAUCGGAAAUAAUUGCAGACGCUCGACCAUUAGCGAUCAUAUCUUUUACACCUUUGGAAUGAUCUGCAAUCAAAGCAAUAUUCCCGAUGUUCUUGUCGGAAGAUCAAGAAUAUUAGAAGCAUCGCUGGGCCUCUUUUGUUCUAUAUUGUCGAUGGCAUUUGGAGCUUUGUUAUACAUUUAUAUAGCAAAGAGAAUUAACGUUAUACCGCCAUUCAAUAAUCUAGAGUCUCUGCUGACCGAUACUUCAUAUGACGUUGUCACUUUGAAAGGUACUACUGGAAAUAUCGCGUUACAGGUAAGCACUAAGGAACCUUACAUACUGGUAAGAACUGCAGAACGCGUCGUUGUUGCACCAACAGACGAAGAAAUGUUUAAAUUGGCAUGUAUACAAGGUAAAAGGAAGUAUACCGUAUUCCUAGGUGAAAACGAAUAUAAAGCAAAAGGUAAAUUUGGAUGUGAAGUGAUCCCAGUUGGACAAUCUUACUUGAAAAUGUGGGUAGCUUCCGGCAUUGCGAAGAAUUUUAAGUACAAAAGGACCAUCGACCUUGGGAUACUCAGAUUAAAAGAAGUUGGAUUGUGGAGUGUGUUAAUAGAUCGUUGGUGGACGGAAGAAAGUGAACAUCGUUAUAAUGCUAAAGUAAAAACGAUUAAAAUAGAGCAAGUUUCUUUAAUAAUUUUAAUAAUGUGCUGUGGAAUGAUAACAUCUUUUAUUAUUUUGUUAAUUGAAAAAAUUGUAUAUGCUUAUCAACGCAGGCUAUCGUAACUUUACAUUAAUGUUAUCACGAAUAUUUUACUUGAUUUUACUUUAUUUGCUCAAAAGAUUUAUCUACCAGCAGUUACUUAACUCACUGAA